AUGAGCGAAAGCACAUCGACCGCAACGACAUCGGCUUCGAGCAGCGCCGAGGAUAACGCUCGUAAGGUACAACAAUACAAAGAUAACCUCAUCAAUCGCGCCGAAAUACUAAUCGUAAAAGAGUUCCCCGAGCGCAUCGUUCGCCUGAAUGCCCUGCUCGAAACACCGCAGUUCUCCGAACGGUGCUUCACGGAUGUAUAUCAGGAACUGAACAUUCCAGUCCCGGAACCAAUAGUAUUGGACGGAGAGGGUCACGCGAAGCGUCCCCGCCUCAACUCAAACGCUCCCUCACCGGCCGAUGGAAACGGUACGAAGGUUCACGCGCUACCGUCCGGUCGGGUUGACUGUAACAGACCGAUCAGCGAGCUCGUUUGCAUCGUGAAGCCAAUAAUCCGUUCCUUGGUGGAGGACUCCAAUCUGCUGAAGAUGUGGAUUUCCUUCAUGAUACCGAAAAUCGAAGACGGUAACAACUUCGGUGUAUCGAUUCAAGAGGACACGCUGGCGGAGAUCCAAUCGGUCGAAACGGAGGCGGCCGCAUUCUUCGACCAAAUAUCUCGAUACUUUGUGUCGCGUGCCAAGGUGGUGUCGAAGGUGGCCAAAUACCCUCACAUCGAUGACUAUAGACGUGCUGUUGCCGAGCUUGACGAGAAGGAAUUCCUCAGCCUGUGGCUGGUGUUGAGCGAGAUACGAAAUCGAUACUGCUCGCUGCACGACAUCGUUAUCAAGAACAUGGAGAAACUGAAAAAGCCGCGCUCCUCGAAUGCGGACAGCUUGUACUAA